AUGGAGGAAGAUGGUGAAGAAACACCAAGAACACCAUUUUGGAUACAAAGCACCACCAAUGUUCGCCGUGUCGACCUCUAUCGCCGCCGUGCCUCUUCGCUCUUCUUCAACUCCGGUGUCCUCAUCAUUUUUUUACUUAUUGUUGCUAUACUUUCAAUGCUUGUUAUAAUUCCAAGACUUAUUGCAUUUUCAUCUCACAUUUUUAAGCCAAAUUUGGUAAAAAAAAGUUGGGAUUCUAUAAAUUUGGUGUUAGUACUAUUUGCAUUGGCGUUUGGCUUUCUUAGUAGAAACAUUAAUAAGGACGAUAAUCAUCGUGAUAAUAAUAAAUUAAGAUUUAGUGAGAAUAGGUUUGGCCGGAGUAGAUCCGAUUUGUCAAGCGGAACUCCGGUAACAAAUCCGGCGAUAUCAACCCCACAUCAAUAUUAUGAUUUCCCUGAGCAACCCAUUGUUGGGUUAAGAAGACAUAGAAGUACUAGCUCUUACCCUGAUCUCCGGGAACUAUCGCCACCGUGGAACCACCGUAGAUUCUCCGAUGACACCCAUUUCAACUAUGAUCGGUAUUAUUUCCGGCGAGAACAUGAUCUUGAAGAUAUUAAAGAUGUUGUUCAUGUUGAUACUGUUGUGGGUCUUCCUCAAGAAGCUUCAUUUGCUCCGGUGCCGGCACCGGAGCCAGUUAAAGUUGAAUCACACUCUCCGGCGCCAUUACCGCCAUCUCCGCCGCCUCCACCACCGAUGCCAUCAGCUCCGACCAGAGGUUCAAAAGAAAAGCCAAUUAGAACAUACCAAAGUGUUGAAAAAGUUAGCAGCUUGGAGGUCAAUAAAAUCAGUCUGCCGGAAAAAGAAACAGAUUUGUUGGAAAAUCAUGAUUCCGAGAUAAAGGAACAAACUUUUGUUAGAAAGAGAGGUAAAGGACAACGGAGAAGAGCAAGAAGCACAGAACCCAGAAAAAUGGUGUCACCGGUUAGUGAACCGGAACCAGAACCUGAACCUGAACCGUCAUCGCCGCCGGAGAUAAUGCCGGAAAUCCAGGAACUUGAGCCAAAAACUGGUAAAGUUGAACGGAAAAGAACCGGUAAUGCUACUAAAGAAUUCUUUACAUCUUUUUACUUAAAAAAGAAGAAAAAAAGACAAAGACAAAGAAGUGUUGACAAUUUGGAUACCUUAGUACACCCUUCUAAGCCGCCGGUAAAAAUUAAUUCACCAGCGCCGCCGCCUCCACCACCACCACCGCCCCCACCAGCUCCGUCGUCACUUCUCAACAACUUGUUCACAUCCAAAAAGGAAAGACGAAAGAAAAACUCGUCGGAAAAACCUCCGCAACCAAGUACAGCGGCGCGUGUACAAACGACCACCAUCACGGCGGCGCGUGCACCGAGACCUACUACCACGCGGGUGUCGCCUUUUGUAACGGAAAAACCUAGAGCACCUGUUAAGAUGACAUUUUUUAGUGGCAUUGAUGAUAGCUCAAGUGGUGGCGAAUCGCCCAUGAGUCGUAUUCCGCCUCCGCCACCAAUGCCGCCAUUUAAGAUGGCUGAUUGGAAAUUUCCGGUGGAAGGUGAUUAUGUGAGAGUGCAAAGUACAUUGAGCUCUGGUAGUAUGUCCCCUGACGGUGAUGAGUCUCAGUCACCAUCGUCUGCGGUGGCGUCGCCGUUGUUUUGCCCGAGCCCGGAUGUGGAUACUAAAGCGGAUACUUUCAUUGCAAGAUUUCGGGCCGGGCUGAAACUUGAGAAAAUGCAUUCGUUUAAUCAAAGUCAAGGAAAUAGAAUGUCCAAUCUUGGCCCAGGCCCAAGUCAGAGUAAUCGCUUUUAA